AUGACGAAAGCCUCAUCAGCACUAGAAGAGCUUCCAAUCGACGUUCAGCUCCACGCCUUUGACUUCCUCGACGUUGACAGCAUUGGCCAAGUCGCAAGAACCUGCCAUUGUCUCCGAAAUCUCGUCUUUUCCAACGAUGCACAUGAACUCUGGUUGAAUCAGUGCCGGUCUCGAUGGGGUCAUGUCGAUAGAGACUCCUACUUCAUCGACAAGAUUGAUGUCCCCAAGGCACUUGCAAAGGGCGAAAUGAAUGUGCCUCUUCUUCUUUCCAUGACUCCACAAGCAUUGCCGUCAAAGGUUGUCGACAAGGACAACCUAUUGACUACUGACAAGAUUGAAACCAGUCAAGAUCAAGAAUCUGGUACCGUCAACAUCCGUUACACCGGGCCAAUUGGAGAAGAUCAAGUUCACUCCAUUCGCUCUGACCAACCACUUCCAAGACCUCAGCUAUGCACAAAGUCUCCAAGAAGGAAGUUGCGGCUACCAUCGCGCAAAAAUAAACAGAAUUGGAAGCCAUUUGUUGCUCCAUUCAAGGAAAAGGACGACUCGAUCAACGUUACUCCAAGAACUGUAUCAUACUUUGAAGUUUCGAUCAAGGCUCAAGAAGUCGAGGAGCAAGAGAGGGAAAGAGUCUCUUUCCAAUCUCUCCUCGAAGAACAAGAGUCAACUCCAGAGGAGCAAAAGGACUGUAUUGCCAUCGGGCUUGCUCCGCAAGACUUUGACUGCAAUGGUGCCCUACCAGGACAUGAUUUCUCUUUUGGAUAUCACAGCGACAAUGGCGGCCUCUACCACAACGCUGGUAGCAGAAAGAAACAUACUCAUCAGUAUGGUCCCGGUGAUACCAUUGGAUGCGGCGUUGACUACAACACUGGGGGUAUCUUUUUUACGAAAAACUCGAAACUGUUGGGUUUUGCCUGGAAGAAGAUCGAUACAAACUUUCUUGCCAAAACCGAUCUUUACCCUGUUGUAGGAAUUGAUUCGGAAGACUCGAUUUCGAUCAACUAUGGUCAUCAACCGUUUCAAUUUGAUUUGUCGGGGUAUUGUGAGCAGUACUCCAAGGCAAUAUCGAAACGAUACCGGCUUUGA